AUGCAGCGUGAAAUCAUCAAGUGGCUUCAGUCGCUUGACCUAUCUUAUCAGGUCCGACACCCACGGCAGGACCUUUCGAACGGUUUCACGCUUGCCGAGAUUGCCAGUCGUUAUGACCGACGUAUUGCGAUGCACAGCUACGUGCCUGGGUGUUCCACGGAGUGCAAGCGACGCAAUUGGAAAGUACUGCUGGGGGAAUUGAAGCGGCUUGGUUGCACCAGUGUGACGGCAGAGAUGGCGGAGGCAACCAUUCAAGGGAAGCCGGAUGUGGCCCUGAUGGUGCUGGACUGUUUUUAUGAGUUCUUCUGUAAUCGACCGGCGCCACCGCGUCUGACGGAGAGGAAUGAAAAGAACAAGAUGCUACUUUUGAGAGCAAUAGACGCCGCACGUGCUGCCACAACUCAUUCGGUGGCGACAACUCUGGAGCCUAAACCUAUAUCGUUGCAAUUUAUAGAAAACGAUGAAAUUACGCUUGGUAAAGGGAUACAACAGCCCGGGUUUGCACGGCCGACGGCAGCUUCGCUCUUACAUGUAACCAAUAGUGAUGCACGGAAUGCGGUACUCGUCGCUGCUGUUCCUGCGGAUGAGCUGCGGAUUCUGAAGUGUAAUGAGAAAUUGUUGAGCGAGCACAAGAUGCUUCAUAAGGCAUACCGGUUCGCGGAACCUCAACGCUUUGCCCCGGUAAACCACAAACGACUUGCGACGCUUGAAAAAAAAGCUGGAAAGGCUGGAACAAGCGUCAAAGGGUCCCCGUGUGACCAUGGAGUCUCUGCGGACCGGGUGUCUGUGGUAGAGUUGAAUAUGUUGAACAAACAGCUUCUGAGUGCGCUGCAGCAGCGGGAAGCUUAUGACACUAAUAAUGUAACAGACUCCAGUGAGGAAUCGCGGAAUGCGGCGGUUGUAAAACUGCUUGAUGCAUGUGGAAAUAAUCUUCGUUUAGGGUUCUCAAAGAUGCUGGGCGCGACACUAGAGUCCAAUGGUUUCACGGAAUUUCUUGCUGAACUAAACACUGGGAAUGAGGAAGAAGACCUUUUGAGCUUUUUUGUGGGUCGUCGUGAGGAGAUGCCCUUUUCGGCCGUUGUGGCGUGUUGGUCGACCUUGUUAAACGCAAGCAAUGGUAUUGUAUCAACCUUGUGCAUACGUCCAACGGAGUACAUGUAUAUUUUACGGGCCUUACGCUUUAUCUUUACUCCCGACACAGUGCGUACUCCACUGCUGCAUGUAUCAGCGUCGCCGGAAGUGCGCGUAUCGCAGAAGGGAAGCUCCGAUGCGGGCUCUACUCUGACGCAUGAUGUUUGCCCCUUCACACACAGCAUGAGCGUGCCGGAUACCUUCCACCCAGUGACAGAAGAGACGCAUGCACCGCAGCAGAUCGUAUUAUCAAAUGAACGGGUUUUCAAUGUUACAUCGGCGUUUUUGUGGCUUUGCAGCAUUGGAGAGGCCGUAAAUGCCGUAUCACCACAGCUAGCGUGUUCACUAUUGAUGAACUAUUUUGUUCCCACUGCGUCUCGAUUUUUUUGUGCUUCAAGUGUGGCAAUUUUAGAAGCGCUAGCGCGUGUUGUUGUGGCGCAUAUUUGCGGUGAUAGUGCUGCACGCGAGAAGAGGAAAUCCGUGGUAACUCCAGAUGAAGAUAGGGAACAACCGCAGCUGCAGCCGUCAGAGAAAGUCGAGUGGAACGCAGCGCUGCAAUUGACGUCGCUCCUAGCAGGACCUCUAAAAACAGCUUUUGUUGGGCGUGAAUCCGCAAACUCGCGAAAUUCCGUAUCUAAAGAGACGCAAUACAAGCUGUUUUUGUUUCAUGUGCUACGCCUUGCACGGGUUCCGCUGAAUACGAAUGACAUUGAACAUGAGGUGCCAACAGCUGCAAAGGCAGAGGUUCAGCACGACGCGGCAAUAACGUUGAAGGCGUUGGUGGCUUCCGUGUCCCCCGUUGCUUCUCCUUCAACACCAGUGGAAUUGUGUGCGGGUGGGGUUCUUGCCUCUCUUGGGUCCUCCUCCAUGCAGCAGCGCUCUAUUGGAUUGGCGAUGCUGAUACAAUUUCUCGCAUGGGAUCGGUGGGAUUUGGCCAUGGAUCCACUGCUGCUUGUCCUGAACGACGUGAAGCAACGGGGCACCUUUGGAGGUUUUCUUCAACGUGCUGCGGAGGCGUGGGAAAUGCGGCUGUUGCUAUUAGAGCUUCUUACUAUCACCUUCCGCAAGAUCUUGUAUGUUUUUGCAGAGGCGUCGGAGACGAUGGAUCAUGCGGAGUUGAAGGCCCCAGCCUCCACCAAUGAGGAGAGGAGGCUAUCUGUGGCGGAUGCCAUUAGACAGAAAAUUCACCUUACUGACGUGGAAGAGGCGACUGUGUUGUGCCUAGAAAUCUUUUUUGAGGCUCCCCUGCUGCAACGACAUUUAGCGUUGCAGAUUGUGGGCGCUCGACUUCUUCCGGAUGAGCAGCGUAAUGUCGCCGCCAUGUGGGUGCGUGGACUGUUCCUAUUUUCCGUGGAACAGUUGGAGUUUAUGCUUCGACCACACGAGGCGGAACCGCUCCACCUGCAGGAUUCCACGUUUUUAUCCCAGCAUCGUGUACAUGGCGUCCCCUUACGACUUCCUGGCGUUCCCGCAAUCGGAUUGGAUGAGGAAGGCGAAGCUGGCUUCCCGUCUUCACCGCCGCACCAGUUGAGAUCUGUAGAAUCUCUCAAAGAGGCCGUCUCCUCUGUGCAUGUUUUGCUCGGACGUGUGGAACCUGCCUACAUUGUCUCUCCGCUCAACCAAUCGUGGGAUACGUUCAGUGUUGUGCAGGCUACGCUAAUGUUUGAGGAUAUUUUGACCAGCACACAGGUUUUUUCUGUCGUCCUGGCCGCGAUUUUGAGCCCUCAACGACGUGAGGCACAACGUCUGAGGCUCCUGCGGAACCUUCGCGCCGUUAGCGGCGGCGCAUCCUCAGCGACGACAAGCACAACAGAACAUGUCGGAGACGAGGGAAAGGCGCCCCCAGAUGCAGUCGAUGUGGAGGGGGAUGCGGGGGAGUCUGCAUUGAACGUCACAUUAAAAAGUUUGGUGGCAACCUACGACCAGAAGAGCACGGUGGGUAAAGAGAUGGAGAGGGGAGUGGAGACGGCUCGAGAGGAUGCUGCUGGAACACUGGCGGUGAGUGACACCAACGUGAUUGCCGCGGUGGCGAGUGGAGCGGGGGACGAAGUCUCCGAUGUGGCAGAGAAUGAGGAGACAAAGAGAGAGAUAAGAGAGGAGGAAGAAGAAGAGGUCGACCCAGCGACUCUUCUGGAGCGUCAUGAAAAGGCAUUUUGGAUUUCGGUGCUGAGGUUGUUAAGAGCACAGUUGCAGCAGUGCCUAACGAGGAGGCUGUCGUUGGAGGAGCAACGGAAAAAAAAGAGGCAGUUGUUGGGAACAACACCGAAUAUGGAUCCAUUGGCCUCUGUCUGCCGCAUUACGCGGACCGACUCCGCAGCGCGACUGAAGGAACUGGCUACAGGUGUACUUCUUACCCUCUACCACCGCUAUGGUGGUGCUGCGGCUGAGGCGAUGUCUAAAGAGACGUGUCUGCUCGAGGCGUGCCAGUGGCUUGAUAAGGUGUAG